AUGGCGGACAACUCGUCUGCUUCAUCCCCUGCGCAAGUUGUGGCGACUGUUAGGCAUGAAAAUAUACUCCUAAAAAAGUGCUUGGCGGAGGUGCGACACGAAAAUCAGCUUCUUAAGAAACAGCUGUACCGAUUGAGCGCUAUACUUGAUAUUGCCUUAAGUAAGUUGGCAUCAAAAGGCAUUACUUUGGAAACUCCUGUGAGUAUUCGCGAACUGCGUGCUGCUAUUCCGAGCCGCGAUGUUAUCGACAUGCCUGCGGAGACUUUAACCUCUGCCGAUGUUAAUUAUGAGAAUAACCCGGUGCCGAGCGUUCCCAACCGCCGAUUUCAGCUGCGCCGCGAGAUGCGCGAGCACACAAAACCUGUUCAAUGCGUAGCCUUUGCUCCAGGAGAUAUGCCACUUCUGGCCACGGGUGGACUGGACUGCCGCCUGAUCCUGCACGACUUUUGGACUGGGGAGAAGGUACAUGCCAUUCACGGACACGAGCAGAACGUCGCAGAUGUUGCAUGGUUUGAGGGUAGUGGCAAUCUUCUCUCCGCCUCAUUUGAUAGCACUGUGAAGGUGUGGGACCCGCGACACAUGAGCGGUAGCCCGUCACCAAUCUAUCAACUCAAGUCGAAAGGUUUUGUUCUCUCAGCAGUACCUUUGGACAAGGCCUAUACCCUUGUUUGUACCGACUCAAAGCGUUACACGUCAAUAGUUGACAUACGGACGAAAAAAACUAUCUCCUGGCGGCACGACGUGCGAGUUAAUACCUUGGCAUUUAACGGUUCCAAGACGCAACUUGUGACGGGUCAUAACAAUGGUCAGAUUGCCAUAUGGGAUUUGCGUAAGGUCGGAUCCAUGCUGUCUUCAUCUAUGGAAGGUGAAGGCCCUAACGGUGGUUCGCAGGCCGUAGUUGACCAAACCUCUGUAGCGCACAUUCCACGCCUAGCAUCAGUGGAGAAUGAGCCAUCCCAAAGUCCGAUCACACAUAUUAGUUUUUACCAUAACCGAGAUGAUUCGAAGCGGUUGGUGGUGGUUUCAGCGGACAAUAUGGUGCGCCUGUACUACGAGCCUGGUAUCAACCCGUCACUGCCACACGAACUAAUGCUGCGCAAUGUAGUCGGCGGCGUGCCCACCCGCGGUUACACAUCCAAGGCGGCUUUCUGGAAGGGUGUGAGGGAGGAACAAAAUGUACCCGCCUUCUUCGAUGAUGGAGAAAGAGAAGGAGAAGCCCCGUCGAGGCGCCUCACAGAAUGUGAUCUUAUGGUAACCUGCGGUGCGGAUAAUACUGCAUGCAUUUACGAUGUUACAGAGAGAGGUAAUGCUGUUCUGGUUGAGAGACUGGAAGGUCACCGUGAUCGUGUAGUUGGAGCUGCAACGCAUCAUGCCGAUAGCAAACCUAUUAUUGCAACUUACAGCGCCGACAACACCGUUAGAACUUGGGUACCCGUGAAGACCUGA